UAUCGCGCCGGAAGAGAAGACAGCCUCUUUCCCAGCCAUCUUUUGGCAUAUUAGCAAGCGAGCUCUAGGCUCCAGGCCUCGUUGAAUCGGAGGAAAAUCCACCUCUUAAGGGGCCAUCAUGCCCGGUCACUUGCAGGAAGGCUUCGGCUGCGUCGUAACCAAUCGGUUCGACCAGCUAUUUGACGAUGAGUCCGAUCCGUUCGAGGUGUUGAAGGCGGCCGAGAACAAGAAGAAGGAGGGCGCAGGGGCACCGGGCCAAGGGACCGGCAAGACGGCGGCUCAGGCUGCCAAACAGCCAAAGAAGGAGUCCCAGAAAGACAGGAAGAAUCCUGUAGGUGAAAAGGAGGAGACCCCCGCGCCUGUACCGCUCAAGAAGGAAGGCAUUAGGCGGGUUGGUCGGAGACCUGAUCAGCAACAACAACAGCAGCAGCCAGCUCAGCAGCAGCAACAACCCUCUCAGCCAUCACAGGGUGAAGGAAAGCCAGUUGACAGGAGGCAGUCUGAUAGGCGGCCACCCCGUGAGCGCCGUUUUGAUAAACCAGCUGAAGAAAAGGGUGAAGCAGGGGAAUUUUCUGUUGACCGACCCAUCAUGGAUAGGCCCAUCCGUGGUCGUGGUGGCCCUGGUGGAAGGGGUGGACGUGGCGGACGUGGACGUGGUUUGGGCAGGGGUGAUGGCUUUGACUCUCGUGGAAAACGUGAAUUUGACAGGCAUAGUGGCAGUGACCGGGCUUCUUCACAUUUCAGUGGCCCAAAGCAUGAGGAGAAGCGGGGAGGAAGCGGAUCACACAACUGGGGCACUGUUAAGGAUGAAUUAAGUGAAUUGGACCAGUCCGCAGUCACUGAGGAAGCUCCCGAAACUGAAGAACAGCCUGCUGUUGAUUCUGAAAACAAAGAAAAUGAGGCUGAAGAAGUGAAGGAAGAAGGUCCUAAGGAAAUGACUCUGGAUGAAUGGAAAGCAAUGCAAGACAAAGACCGUUCAAAAGUUGAAUUCAACAUCCGUAAACCAAAUGAAGGUGCAGAUGGGCAAUGGAAGAAAGGCUUUGUCCUGCAUAAAGCAAAGAGCGGACAGACUCAAGCCGAGUUAGAUGCCCUGGAACAUCACUUCCGUAAGCCUGCAAAUGACAUAACUUCCCAACUUGAAAUUAACUUUGGAGAUCUUGUCCGCCCUGGACGUGGAGGCAGGGGGGGUAGAGGUGCCCGUGCCCGAGGUGGUAGGCCUAUUCGUGGAGGAAGAACUGACAAGUCAAGCACUUCUGCUCCUGACGUAGAUGACCCUGAAGCUUUUCCAGCUUUGGCGUAAGCUGUCUGACUUAUCCAACCCUGGUGCCCCCCCCGAGGGACCCCUUCUACGAGGCUUGCAUGCUUAAGGAUCCUAAACAACUACUACAAAUUAAAAAAAAAAUAAAAAACCCAAGACUGUCAAUCAUACCAUUUACACCUAUGGACUGAAUUGUAUCUGUUUUCAAAAUGGACUUCUCUCGCUACUCAGAAGCAACAAUAUGGUAGUCAAGUUUUUGUAUUUAGAGAUGUUAUGGUAGCAGGGAUGUUUUCAUAAUUUUUCAGAGAAUAUGCAUUCUUCAUGGAUACUUUUUUGUAUUGCUGCUUGAAAAUAUGCGUUUCCAAACUUGAAAUAUAGGUGUGAAAAGUGCGUACCAGUUAAAGCUUUCACUUACUUGUUUUUGUCCCCCCCCCCCAACUUUAAAUCCUAUUUUAAAAAGCUAGAUUUACCCAUGUAUUGGUAACUUGAACUCGUCAUGGUCACAUCUGACCAUGACUAGCUAAAGUUCAAAUAUUUUCAACUUGGAAAGGUCAUUUCACUUUUUUUUUUUUUUUUUCUCUAAAUAUCUAAAGUUUGUGUAUUCUUAGAGUACACAUAAUGCUAUUUUAAAGUACAUGAAUGUGCUUUACAAUUUUGAUCCUGUGGGUAAAUGGCGUAAAUGGACUGCAGUAACCUGUAUAAUUGGUUAUGUAACUUAUCCCAGUGUGUGUAUUCUUAUCUGGCAUAGGAUUUCAUUAGUGUCAGUCACCCUGAGAUUUGUGCUAAUUUACCAUCAACACCUUCAUGGAAUAUUAAUUUUCAUUUUGAAUUGGACAUACUGAGUAGCGCAAACAGAUAUUCAAUGUAUUUUAACAAAACCAAUAGGAAAGUCAAACCUGAAAAUGCCUUCAUGCAACAAACAUCAGAAGUCAAACACUUUUCUCUGUGUUGCUUGUUCCAUUAGCUGCAACCCUUGUGUGAGGAGAAUUGCUUUAUAAAGGAGCAUUAUUACGGAAUGUUUUGUCCCUUGUAUGGUGGAGAGCUUUUCCAUUUGCUUGGGGUGAGGAACAAACACUUUGCUCUGAAUAGUUCUUCAUAGUUUUCAGCUUCUGGGUUUGGAUUGCUGGUUGACAGAUGAAUGUUUGCUCUUCAUUGAGAGUAUACAGCUCCUACUCCCUUAGAAUUUUUAAUUUUUCAUUUUUUUCCCUCCUAAGGCCUAAACAUUACCACUUAAACAAAAAAGACAUAAUAGGCUACAUAAAAACAAUAAAAAAUAAAAUAAAAAAAAAGUUGUCUACAGUGUUUGUUAGGAUAAGAUACUCGUUUAAUUUAAUGUUCUUUUUACAAUUUUUAGCAGGCUAUAAAAUUUGAAGCUUCUUACCUAUGUAGGUUAAAUGAACACAAAUAUUAUUGCCCUAUUUUUAUAAAAGUUGUACAGGACAGGCAACAAAGUAUUUGAAUCUUUUGAGUACCAAAAUGGCAGCUCAUUGUUCAGUAGCCGAGUGCUUAUACUGUGGUACUCUACAGGUUGUAGGCGGAUUUCUGGCGCUGGCUGGGUCAGUGGUAUUUUUAUUCAACAGCCUGGCCAUUUUGAGAUUAUUUUCUAGAGAGAUAAUUUACUGAGACUGCAAACCAGUGGAGUUUUUAAAGAGAACACUUCAAUGCAUUAACCUAUACAUUUAUAUAAGCCUUCACAAAAUGGAAACGUGUUUUAGCAGCUGAGAUUUAGGUUUUGUACAGAUCCCUUAAGUUAUCCAAGAGCCUCUUACACACAUGCCGAGUAACAUGUGAGUGUGAGCCUGAAACAUUCUUGCUUAUAAGCUUCUUCACCUUUAUAAAACAGUCUUGUACUGUCCAAUCAAGCUAACCUAUUCAUUUAUAAAACCAUGGCUUGUUCUUUUGCCUGAGGAAUGUCUUAAUUUUCAGUUAAAGUGAACUUGUAUCAAAUCUGAGAAUUGCCACUUUGUCCACCCAGGUCUCCUGUCUAUAAAUAAAGGCACUGCAGCUCAAUUUAAGAAUUUAAAUAAAGCUUUGAGCAUCUGUUGCUAGUUUGGUAAAUGACAAUCUGGGAUUUCCGGUCACUAGCUGAUGAAUUAAUGUGCCUUUCCCCUUCAUUAAUCAUCAUAGUUGUACAUUUAUCUCUUAAACCCAUUUCUGUGUGAAUUGAAAGUGAACAAAUCUGUCUGGUGGAUGCUUAUUGAAUUAAAGGUUAAUUUUCAUGCUCUAGCCUAAUGAAGGGUAAUAUGGAA